AUGCCUGGAUGGUUCAAAAAGGCGUGGUAUGGGCUGGCGUCUUUACUCAGCUUCUCCUCCUUUAUCCUGAUCAUUGUGGCCCUGGCAGUGCCCCACUGGCUGAGUGGGAAAAUUCUUUGUCAGACUGGAGUGGACCUGGUCAAUGCCACGGAUCCAGAGCUCAUCAAGUUCAUUGGGGAUAUUUACUACGGGCUCUUCCGAGGAUGUAAAGUACGACAGUGCGGGCUCGGGGGCCGCCAGUCCCAAUUCACGAUCUUCCCACACCUGGUGAAGGAACUCAAUGCAGGCCUCCACGUGACCAUUCUGCUGCUCCUCUUCUUGGCCUUGGCCCUGGCUCUGGUCAGCAUGGGAUUUGCCAUUCUCAACAUGAUCGAGGUUCCAUACAGGGCAGUCAACGGCCCCGGGGGCAUCUGCCUAUGGAACGUCCUUGCAGGCGGAGUCGUGGCCUUGGCCAUCGCCAGCUUCAUGGCCUCCGUGAAGUUUCACGACCUGACCGAGCGCAUUGCCAACUUCGAGGAGAAGCUCUUCCGCUUCGUGGUGGUGGAAGAACAGUACGAAGAGUCCUUCUGGAUCUGUGUGGCCAGUGCCUCGGCCCAUGCAGCAAAUCUGGUAGUGGUGGCGAUCAGUCAAAUUCCGCUCCCCGAGAUUAAGACCAAAAUCGAGGAGGCCACGGUCACGGCUGAGGAUAUCCUGUACUGAUCGCCCUCUCCUGCUCACACCCGAGCCUGAGUCAGUUCUGCAGUGUGAACGGGGACCUCAUUUUUUGUGCUGGCUUUGCAGUCCGGAACAC